AUGUCAACCUCUAAAUUUAUUAGAAAAGUUUCAAAUAGUCUUUCAUGGUGCCAAGCAAAGGCCUCAACGUCAAGGGAUAGGUCCGGUAAGGUGGAGGAAAUAGACUACUACAGUCCUCCUGCUCCUUUUGCCAAUAACCCUGCUCCUCUGGCCAAUCACUCUGGAAUCACAAGGGUAAUAAGAGAUCUUCCUCCAGCUCACUACUCAUUUAAAGUAGAGUCCUUCACCAUAUUUGCUGAGACAGGUUUAGAAGAAAAAUUUGAAUCUGGUGUAUUUGAAGCUGGAGGUUACAAAUGGAGGUUGUUACUGUACCCAAAGGGAAAUAAGAAAAGCAAUGGGGGUGACUGCAUCUCCCUUUACUUGCAAAUUGCAGAGACAGAAAAACUUCCUCCAGCUUGGGAAGUAAAUGUUAGCUUCAGGUUAUUUGUUUUUGACCAGAUUCGGGACAAGUACUUGACCAUUGAAGAUGCUGGGGCAGUUAAGCGAUUUCAUCAGAUGAAGACAGAAUGGGGCUUUGAUCAAUUACUCUUCCUUGAGGCUUUCAAUGACCCUUCCAACGGAUACCUGGUUGAUGAUUCCUGCGUAUUUGGGGCAGAGGUUUUUGUAAUUGAACAGACUCGAAAAUUGGAGUGUCUGUCUCUGAUAAACCAGCCUCAUGGCAAUCCUAUUACUUUCAAGAUUGAAAAAUUUUCAAAAUUAGAUGAGGAAAAAUACGACUCUCGGUUACAAACUGUUGCGGAGUUAAAAUGGCGAAUACGCGUUUAUCCCAACGGAACUGGUAGGGCAAAGGGUACAGCACUCUCUCUAUACCUAGGCUUUUAUAAGCAGUCGGAUGUUCCUUCGGGGAGGAGUUUGUACGUGAAAUUCAAACUUUGUUUAAUGGAUCAAAUCGGUUCUAAUUACAAGAAAAUCACAGGUAUGGCAUGGUUUACAGCCAACAAAUGUUCAGGUUAUUCUCACUUCGAAUCACUGGAAAAUCUCCGCAUUGCGUCAAAGGGCUUUCUGUUGAAUGAUGCCUUAACUGUUCAAGCAGAAAUUAUCCUCUUAUCCAACUUCAAGUGUUUCUCCUAGAACUUUGCAAUUACUCUAUUUAAGGUGGCAUUGUCAGAUCAAGCAAGGGAUAUUCGGCCAGCUCACUUCUUACCCAAGAUAGAGCCAUACUCCAGACAAAGCUAUUUUUGUUUAGUAAAUAUCCAAACAUUAAUUUUCA